ACCCCUCCACUUCCACCACUUCUUUCUUGUAGUAAACCCUAAAUAUAAUUUUUUUUUUACUGUUCAAGAAACUCUCCUACACCCGAUAGGAAUAAUAAAUAAACUCAUCAAACUGGGUGACUUCUGCCCUUUGUUUUUUUUCCUUCUCGUUCUUCUACCUCAGAAUUCAAUUCUCACCUCAAGUUGUGAUUUUGUGAUUGUUGCUUGCUGCAAUUCCGAGGUACUUUGUGUAUGUUGUAGUCUUGUGGUUGGUUGAACAACAAUGGCGAAUGAAUAUGGAGACGGGGUGGCAUGGCUUAGGGGUUCAAUGAUUGGAAGAGGGGGUUUUGGGUUUGUUUAUUUGGCCACUCUCAAGAAUCCCAGAUCAAAAUACAGCUAUUUUCCAUCUGUGAUGGCUGUGAAAUCCGCAGAGGUUUCUGUUUCGGGUUCGAUUCAGAAAGAGAGGGAAGUUUUAAGCAAUGUGAAGGGUUGUUCUGAUAUAAUUAGGUGUUUCGGUGAGGAGACUACUAUGGGUGGUAAUGGCGCCAUGGUGUAUAAUUUGUUGUUGGAGUAUGGUUCUGGUGGAACCUUGGCCGAUAGGAUCAAGAAAGCCGGCGGUGGUGGGCUUCCGGAAUUUGAGGCCAAGGUGUUUGCGAGGUGUAUUCUGAGGGGUCUGAAUCAUAUUCAUGGCAAGGGCUAUGUUCAUUGCGAUUUGAAGCCGGAUAAUAUUUUGCUUGUGCCUGAUGCUAGGAAUAAGGGGUUUACUGAGUUCAGGGCGAAAAUUGGCGAUUUCGGGUUGGCUAAGAGGGCAAAACAGAGCAAGAAAAGGAAAUUGGAGCCGUAUUGGGGGGGAACUCCUAUGUACUUGUCGCCUGAGGCUGUGAUGGAUAAUGUGCAGGAGCCUCCUUGUGAUAUUUGGGCACUUGGCUGUGUCGUGCUUGAGAUGUUAACGGGGAAGCCUCCUUGGGAUAAUGAUCAGAAGGAGUUGGAUGCUGAGGAAAUUCUCAGAAAGAUUGGGGAAGGGCGCGUAUUGCCUAAGGUUCCGGAUGGGAUAUCAAAGGAGGCCAAGGAUUUUCUGAAACGUUGUUUUGUGAGGAAGUCCAUGUACAGAUUGACAGCUGAAAUGCUGUUGAAUCACCCAUUUGUUGGAGGUUUGAACGAUGAUGAUGUAGUCGAAGAACCAGACGGGAUUGAAGAUUUGAAUGAGAUUGAAUCUAUCUUGCUGGUGUCUGAGGAUGAUGACGAUGAAUGUAGUUGCGACUUAUUUGACGACGAGUGGUACAUCGCAUCUGAUGAGGAUUCAUUUUACUAUUCGUCUGAAGAUGAUGAAGACAAUGCCGAUGAUGAGGUUGUAUCUACUAUUUCUGAAGAAAAAGAAUUAAAAGAGGAAGAUAUUAAAGCCGGGUUGAACCAACCAAACAAGAAAGCAAAGCAGAUUUCGUCACACGCCUCAUCAGAAAGUAGCCAAUGUUUUCCAGUUAGUUUUACGAUUCCGGCAGGAGUCUAGCAUACCAUUACGGCGAUGAUAUUGGCUCAAUUUUGGUACUCAGAAAUAGGCCUAGUUUUUGCUUUUGUUUAGGUACAAUUCACUACUAUAGAUACUCAUUUAUGUAGUAGACACAGACUGAAAUUAGAUUGAUUCUUUUUCAGCACAUUGCUGUCAUUUUUCUGCUAAUUUCAGGUUAUCUUCAAUUAACGAAAAUGUUUAUAUAUCCCUUUUCUUCUCUCACUUCUAUGAGAGAGAAAGUUGAGUCUAAUGUUUUGGAU